GUACGCUGGGCGGGCAUUGUGAAGCUGUAGUUGAGUGUUAGCAGGCUAACUGGAGAAAGAAAGCUAACUAAUCGUGAGAGUGGAAGUGGAGCUAACGUUUAACAAAAAGACAACUGUCAAAACAGCAAGGGGAGCAGGAUUUUUUUGUCAAGUGAUAAUUCUGCUAGAUGACUACAUUAGCUGAGAUGUGUUGCUAGUUCAUCUUAGACCGUGUUUGUCUGAUGCCCGAGGAGCAUUUUUGGAUACUACAUCGAUUGUCCCAUUUCCAAACGGAAACCAUUUCUGGACAGACAGUUCGUGCUAGCUGAGCUAGCUAGCUAAGUGAAUCCAUCCAGGAGACUUUCCAUUGUCACCUAAAAAAACUCAAACCGAAUGUUUUGUCUGUCAUGAGUCCGGCCGGGUGCUCCCAUGUGAACGGUUAUAAGGUGGACAAUUGGAAACAAAAUCUUCGAGUCAUAUACCAAUGCUUUGUUUGGAGUGGUACUGCUGAGACCAGGAGACGAAAGGCCAAGUCGUGCAUCUGUCAUAUGUGUGGAGCCCACCUGAACCGACUCCACUCUUGUCUCCACUGCGUCUUUUUCGGCUGCUUUACGAAGAAACACAUCCACGAGCACGCAAAAAACAAGAGACACAAUCUAGCAAUAGACUUAUUAUACGGUGGGAUAUAUUGUUUUGUGUGUCAAGACUACAUAUACGACAAAGACAUGGAGCAGAUCGCCAAAGAAGAACAGAGGAAAUCCUGGAAAUUGCAAGGUAUGGCAUUUUGUCUUUCCCUCAAAGAUAGUCGUGCAGUUUUUGAAACGAGGCCGCCACAUUUGUGUCUUUUUUUUUUUUUUUUUUUUGAAUCCGCAGGCAUCGGGGAGAAGUACACAACGUGGGAGCCAACCAAGAGGGAGCUAGAAUUAUUACGACACAAUCCGAAGCGGAGGAAAAUCACUACAAACUGUACCAUAGGUCUACGAGGGUUAAUAAACCUAGGCAACACAUGUUUCAUGAACUGUAUCGUCCAGGCCCUAACACACACGCCGCUGCUGCGAGACUUCUUUCUCUCCGACAGACACAAGUGCGAGAUGCAAUCAAACUCCUGUCUGGUGUGUGAGAUGUCGCAGCUCUUUCAGGAGUUCUACUCGGGACACCGUUCGCCCCACAUUCCCUUCCGGCUGCUCCACCUGGUGUGGACUCACGCACGUCACCUCGCGGGCUACGAGCAGCAAGACGCCCACGAGUUCCUCAUCGCGGCCUUGGAUGUACUUCACCGGCACUGCAAAGGGGACACCAUCAGAGACGACAAUGGGAAGAAGGCCAACAAUCCGAACCACUGUAACUGCAUCAUUGACCAAAUCUUCACCGGGGGCCUGCAAUCAGACGUCACCUGUCAAGUCUGCCAUGGGGUUUCCACAACGAUAGAUCCAUUCUGGGAUAUCAGUCUGGACCUUCCUGGCUCUUCCACACCUUUCUGGCCCCUCAGCCCUGGAGGGGAUGGCGGCACAGUGAACGGAGAGAGCCACGUGUCAGGGUCCACCACUCUCACAGACUGCCUACGCAGGUUUACGCGACCUGAACAUCUAGGAAGCAGUGCCAAAAUCAAGUGUGGCGGUUGCCAUAGUUACCAGGAGUCCACCAAACAGCUGACAAUGAAGAAGCUCCCCAUCGUAGCGUGUUUCCAUCUCAAACGGUUUGAGCACUCUGCUAAACUGCGGAGAAAGAUCACUACAUAUGUUUCCUUCCCCCUAGAGUUGGACAUGACUCCCUUCAUGGCAUCCAGUAAAGAGAGCAGAGUGAAUGGGCAGUAUCAACAGACAGUUGAUGUAUUAAACAACGACAAUAAGUAUUCCUUAUUCGCUGUGGUCAACCACCAGGGCACAUUAGAGAGUGGCCACUACACCAGCUUCAUCCGCCAGCACAAAGACCAGUGGUUCAAGUGUGACGAUGCCAUAAUCACCAAGGCCAGCAUUAAGGAUGUCCUCGAUAGCGAAGGGUAUCUCUUAUUCUACCAUAAACAGUUCCUGGAGUACGAGUAGGCUUUGUGCCCGCUGACCAUGAAGAACCAAUGCUUCUAACGAGGGAGUCAAGGGCCCGGGGACAGGAUGAAACAAAACACACAAACCUACCUGAAACUCUUUGACUACCAGUCUUUGCUCCUCCAGCUCUUGAGGACAAAAAAAAAUAAAAACAGACUUGUGAAAAUCAUGCAACCUUUCAAAAGAAAAUCUAGCAGGCACUGAGCUACUUCUUGGCAUCUACUUGACAAAGUGAAGAUUCGGAGGAAGAGUUGGCCGUUCAGAGGGAAGUGCACCACCCCAACGCUCCCUUACCUGCUGCAGGGGCUGUCUGAGUGUCAUGUGGAUUAGACCCAUCUGAAGGUUUCUUUCAGUAUUCUCACACCCCUCAACGCACGCACACACAUCCCUCUAUUUAUCUCCCAUGGUGCUCUCAUUUCAACUGACGGAGCAUUUUACUUGAUGGACGACAGUUUGUUGUCGUAUGCUCAUGGGACUGAACACACACACACACACACACACAAACGGACAAGAAUAGGAUGGUAAGAAAUGUAUUAUGAACUUUGCGAGGACAUUUUCAAAGUUAUGGUUAUGAUUCUUAUCAGUUGUGGACAUUUGUUAUCAAAUACUGUAUGAACAUAGUAUACAUCUAUUUUUUAAGAGCAAAAGAACACGGGAGAGCUUACGGACGCUGCCCUUGCCAGUUUCUCGGCAAGUGCUGCCAUGGAAACGAAGCAGAUUUGGACAUGACUGUGCUCAUGUUCCACAUAUCCUGGGUUGAUUGUUUUAUUUUUGUCUGGUCGAGGGCAGGGAAUCUUUUUUUUAGUAACUCAUUGAAUUUUUGUUUACUGUUCUUUUCAAUGUCCUUUUUUUAAACUUUUCAGUACAGUCAUGUGUCCCUCGCUGUCCUGGUACUGGAAAUGUUUUUUUGACGUAUUAUACUUUCAUUCUUGUGGAAUUGUUGGUAUAACAAUGGUGAUGGUUGGAUUGGCUCUUUUGCUGUUUAUAAAUUGUAUGUUGAAUCUGAGCUUUGGGUUUCAUGUGGCAUUCUGAAGAGGAGACUCUAUAUGUGAACUCCAAAUGAGGUCCUAUAAUAUGCGAGAAUGCUGUGGUCUCUCUAGAACAACUUUAAUGCUCUGUCCAAAAGAAAAUAGAGAAAAAAAAGCCGAUUUAACAACACUGCAUGCGACUGGGCUCUUAUGAUCUUAUAAGAUGGGAAAAAUAGCCCUCAGCAACGCCUCCAGGCCUGCUGCCCAUCAUGAUUUUUUGUUUCGUAAUUUGGGCGACGGGAAGAUGAUCGUGUGAGCUGUAUAGAGGGUAAAACAUAUUGCACGUAUAUGGGCUCUGCGCGGCCACAGUGUGGCUCUGAAUCCAUCAGUGUUAAUCUUCUCCAUGGCAACCGUGUGGCUGGUGUAGACCGGUGUGGUUCGUGGUGUGUCUUGCCUCUGCAGUGCAGUAAACCCAGUGCUCUAUUCAAUCAGUAUGCUGUCAGACUUUAGAUAAUGCACAUACACAUCAGGGUGUUGUGGUCUGUUUUGUUUGAAUAUCACUGAUUGUGUAUGUAUUAAAAAAAAAAAGAUUUGAAUAAAAAAAAAAAAUCACUCAUGUAUAAGAUGAGGGCCCAAAACUUUCACAUAAAAAUCACAAACCCACAGGUUGUUUAGCUGCUCUAUAAUGGAAAACAAACAUGCAUAUCCCUCCGACUGCUGCAUAACCUCAGCUAGAGGGCAACAGCGGGUCCCCCCCACCCCCCCAUCGGUGAAAUCAAAGACUUGUGAAAGAGUCACACCUUGGUUUUGGUGUUUCACGGAGCAGUAAAGACCACCCAAGGACAUUCAGGGACGCAGCUGAAACAAGAAAGAAGAGAAGAGCUUCAUUGUCUGUUUCAGUGAUUAAACUCAGAACAAAACUGGA